UUCUUGCAGGAUUUCCUUCCAGCCUUUCCCCACUAAGGUUCUUGGGAAUUAAAAAAAAAAAAAAAAAAAAAUCUAAACACACAAACCAAGUUUUCCUAUUUACAGUGUUCAGGGAAGGUAGGCAUUUCGGGAAGGGCAGAUCCUUUCCCCAAGCUAUCCAAGAAAGAAGAGAAAACAGCGUAAAGAAGCUCUGAUUACAGAUCUUUGGAAUUUUCUUUGCUAAAUUUUACAAACGAGAAAUACACCCAGAAUUUUGGGAAUUGCUCCAGGCUGCGCGUGAGGGUUUGAUUGCUUGUCUAAUCUUUUUUUGAGAAGAGGAGAAUUCGCCAAAAGGGGUUUGGAUGGCAGGAGCCCGGCUGGGUUUGUGCAGCAGCUUGCGUUCUCCGUCUCUUCUCUGAGGGAGGGUCUUUGCAGCCGGCUUGGAGACCCCCUGCCGCAGGCUCUUUUUGCUGGCGCUGGCCUGAGGGGAAAAUGCUCCGCUCUGGCAGGAGUACGCUGGUUGCUGCUGGGACUUCCUAGCCCCGUGGGAAGUGUGUUCGUGGUUUGGGGAUACUUUUCAUUGAACUGAAGGCGAAAAGACUGGACUCUCCUGGGCUCUUUCCCUUCGCAGUGAAUAUGGGAAAGAAUUAGGGGGUGGGAGGGAGGCAGCAUGACUUGCAGUCGCCGCUGCCCUGCAUCUGUCCCCAGCCCCCAGCCAGCAUCUUGAUGUUCCACGUAUCGGCUGUACAAAUAUGAUGAAAUGGCAGCCCCGGAAGAAGGCAUACUUCCGACAGGGUGUUGCCCUCCAGUACCUUGGACGUCAUGCCGAUGCCCUGGCAGCCUUUGCAUCUGGGCUGGCUCAGGACCCCAAGAGUCUCCAGCUUCUGGUGGGGAUGGUAGAAGCAGCCAUGAAAUCUCCCAUGAGAGACUCCCUCGAGCCCACUUAUCAACAGCUUCAGAAAAUGAAACUGGACAAGAGUCCCUUUGUGGUCGUGUCUGUGGUUGGGCAAGAACUCCUGACAGCUGGCCAUCAUGGGGCCUCUGUGGUUGUCUUAGAAGCCGCUCUGAAGAUUGGCACCUGCAGCCUCAAACUAAGAGGUUCCGUUUUCUCUGCGCUGAGCAGUGCUUACUGGUCUCUCGGAAACACAGAGAAGAGCACUGGAUACAUGCAGCAGGACUUGGAUGUAGCCAAGACCUUAGGUGACCAGACAGGAGAAUGCCGAGCUCAUGGGAAUCUGGGCUCUGCAUUCUUCUCCAAAGGAAAUUACCGGGAGGCUCUCACUAACCACAGGCAUCAGUUGGUGCUUGCCAUGAAACUCAAGGAUCGAGAGGCAGCUUCAUCAGCCCUGAGCAGUCUGGGCCACGUGUACACAGCCAUUGGAGACUACCCCAAUGCACUGGCCAGUCACAAACAGUGUGUUCUUCUAGCCAAGCAAUCCAAAGAUGAGCUUUCUGAAGCCCGAGAACUCGGCAACAUGGGAGCUGUGUAUAUUGCCAUGGGUGAUUUUGAGAAUGCUGUGCAGUGCCAUGAGCAGCAUCUGAAGAUAGCCAAGGACCUGGGCAACAAGCGAGAAGAGGCCCGUGCCUACAGCAAUCUGGGCAGUGCCUACCACUACAGGAGGAACUUUGACAAGGCCAUGUCUUACCACAACUACGUGCUGGAGCUGGCUCAGGAGUUGAUGGAGAAGGCCAUUGAGAUGCGGGCCUAUGCUGGCCUGGGCCAUGCUGCCAGGUGCAUGCAGGAUUUGGAGAGGGCUAAACAGUACCAUGAGCAGCAGCUGGGCAUCGCUGAGGAUCUCAAGGACCGGGCGGCAGAGGGGCGAGCGUCCUCCAAUCUGGGAAUCAUACACCAGAUGAAAGGUGAUUAUGAUACUGCACUGAAACUCCACAAGACCCACCUGUGCAUCGCCCAGGAGCUGAGUGAUUACGCCGCCCAGGGCCGUGCCUACGGGAAUAUGGGCAAUGCCUACAAUGCUCUGGGCAUGUACGACCAGGCUGUCAAGUACCACCGGCAGGAGCUGCAGAUCUCCAUGGAAGUGAAUGACCGUGCCUCGCAGGCAUCCACACACGGGAACCUUGCUGUGGCCUACCAGGCCCUGGGUGCCCACGACCGGGCCCUGCAGCACUAUCAGAACCACCUGAACAUUGCUCGGGAGCUGCGUGACAUCCAGAGCGAGGCCCGGGCCCUCAGCAACCUGGGCAACUUCCACUGCUCUCGAGGGGAGUAUGUCCAGGCCGCCCCCUAUUACGAACAGUACCUCCGGCUUGCUCCCGAGCUUCAAGACAUGGAAGGAGAAGGGAAGGUCUGUCACAAUCUUGGCUAUGCCCAUUACUGCCUUGGAAAUUACCAGGAGGCGGUGAAGUACUAUGAGCAGGAUCUGGCCCUGGCCAAAGACCUUCAUGACAAAUUGAGCCAAGCAAAAGCCUACUGCAACUUGGGCUUAGCAUUCAAGGCUCUGCUGAAUUUUAACAAAGCUGAAGAGUGUCAGAAGUACCUACUGUCCCUAGCCCAGUCCCUGAAUAAUUCCCAGGCUAAAUUUCGAGCCCUGGGGAACCUGGGCGAUAUAUUCAUCUGUAAAAAAGAUAUCAGUGGUGCAAUAAAAUUCUAUGAGCAGCAGCUGGGCUUGGCUCACCAUGUAAAGGACAGAAGACUGGAGGCCAGUGCAUAUGCAGCCCUGGGCACUGCAUACCGAAUGAUCCAGAAACACGACAAGGCCUUGGGUUAUCACACGCAGGAACUGGAGGUAUAUCAGGAGCUAAGCGACUUGCCGGGAGAGUGCAGAGCUCAUGGGCACCUGGCAGCCGUCUACAUGGCCCUUGGGAAAUACACGAUGGCAUUCAAGUGUUAUGAAGAGCAGCUAGAUCUAGGGCAGAAGCUGAAAGAUCCGAGUCUAGAAGCUCAGGUCUAUGGCAACAUGGGCAUCACAAAGAUGAACAUGAAUGUGAUGGAAGAAGCCAUCGGCUACUUCGAGCAGCAGCUGGCCAUGCUGCAGCAGCUGAGUGGAAACGAGUCUGUGCUCGACAGGGGCCGGGCCUAUGGCAACCUGGGGGAUUGCUACGAGGCCCUGGGUGACUAUGAGGAAGCUAUAAAGUACUAUGAACAAUAUUUAUCUGUUGCCCAGAGUCUAAAUCGCAUGCAAGACCAAGCCAAGGCUUACCGAGGCCUGGGAAAUGGACACAGGGCAAUGGGGAGCUUGCAGCAAGCCCUUGUGUGCUUUGAAAAGAGGCUCGUGGUUGCCCAUGAGCUCGGGGAGGCCUUUAAUAAAGCCCAGGCCUAUGGAGAGCUGGGAAGUCUGCACAGCCAAUUAGGGAAUUACGAACAAGCCAUUUCCUGCCUUGAACGCCAGCUGAACAUUGCUAGAGAGAUGAAAGACCGAGCUCUGGAAAGUGAUGCCGCCUGUGGCCUGGGGGGUGUUUACCAGCAGAUGGGGGAAUACGAUACAGCCCUGCAGUACCACCAGCUGGAUCUGCAGAUAGCAGAGGAAACCAACAACCCCACGUGCCAGGGCCGGGCCUAUGGGAACCUGGGCCUGACCUACGAGUCCCUGGGCACCUUUGAGAGGGCCGUGGUCUAUCAAGAACAGCACUUGAGCAUCGCUGCACAGAUGAACGACUUGGUGGCCAAGACGGUGUCUUACAGUAGCCUUGGAAGGACCCAUCAUGCUUUGCAGAACUAUUCCCAGGCAGUCAUGUACUUGCAGGAAGGUUUAAGGUUAGCAGAGCAGCUGGGCCGAAGAGAAGAUGAAGCCAAAAUUCGCCAUGGUCUUGGCCUCUCCCUUUGGGCGAGUGGGAACCUGGAGGAAGCCCAACAUCAGCUCUAUAGAGCAUCAGCCUUGUUUGAAACGAUCCGACACGAGGUGCAGCUGAGCACGGACUACAAGCUCUCCCUCUUUGACCUGCAGACAUCCUCCUACCAGGCCUUGCAGCGAGUGCUCGUCAGCCUCGGCCAUCAUGAUGAAGCCCUGGCUGUGGCAGAAAGAGGACGGACAAGGGCGUUUGCAGAUCUCCUGGUAGAACGGCAGACAGGACAGCAGGACUCCGACCCCUACUCCCCAGUCACUACUGAUCAGAUCUUAGAGAUGGUUAAUGGCCAGAGGGGACUAGUGCUUUACUAUUCCCUGGCUGCGGGCUACCUGUACAGCUGGCUGCUUGCUCCUGGGGCAGGGAUUCUGAAGUUUCACGAACACUACCUGGGAGACAACACGGUGGAAAACUCCAGUGACUUCCAGGCUGGCAGCAGCGCAGCCCUUCCGACAGCCACCAGCUCGGCCCUAGAGCAGCACAUCGCCAGCGUCCGGGAGGCCCUGGGUGUGGAGUCUUAUUACUCAAGGGCCUGUGCCAGCAGUGAGACAGAGAGUGAAGCCGGAGACAUCAUGGACCAGCAGUUUGAGGAGAUGAACAACAGGCUCAACUCGGUCACUGACCCCACUGGCUUUCUUCGGAUGGUUCGCCGCAACAACCUCUUUAACAGGAGCUGCCAGAGCACGACCAGCCUGGUCGGCAACACCGCGUCGCCCGUCAAGGACGGGACCUCCUCUCUUCCCAGGAGGCAGAGCUCGUUCGCCAGGCCGCCGCUCCGUGCUCUGUACGACCUGCUCGUGGCACCCAUGGAAGGGGGCCUGAUGCACUCCAGCGGCCCUGUGGGCCGGCACCGGCAGCUGGUCCUGGUUCUGGAGGGGGAGCUCUACCUCAUCCCGUUCGCCCUCCUGAAGGGAAGCUCCUCCAAUGAGUACCUGUACGAGCGCUUCGCCCUCAUCGCCGUCCCUUCCAUCCGCUCCCUCGGUCCUCAGGCCAAGUCUCACCUGCGGAAGAACCCUCCCGCCUACUCCAGCUCCACGUCCAUGGCGGCUGUGGUCGGCAACCCCAAGCUCCCAUCGGCGGUGAUGGACAGGUGGCUGUGGGGCCCGAUGCCGUCAGCCGAGGAGGAGGCCUACAUGGUGUCCGAGCUGCUGGGCUGCCAGCCGCUGGUGGGCAGCGUGGCCACCAAAGAGCGGGUCAUGAGCGCCCUGACCCAGGCCGAGUGCGUCCACUUUGCCACCCACAUCUCUUGGAAACUGUCGGCCUUGGUCCUCACGCCCAGUGUGGAAGGCACCCCCGCUGGCAGCAAGAGCUCCUUCGGCCACCCCUACACCAUCCCUGAGUCCCUGCGGGUGCAGGAUGACACCAGCGAUGGCGAGAGCAUCUCAGACUGCCCGCCACUGCAGGAGCUGCUGCUCACGGCCGCCGACGUCCUGGACCUGCGGCUGCCUGUGAAGCUGGUGGUCCUCGGCUCCUCCCAGGAGUCCAACAGCAAGGUCACAGCCGACGGGGUCAUCGCGCUGACGCGGGCCUUCCUGGCGGCCGGCGCACAGUGUGUCCUCGUGUCUCUGUGGCCUGUGCCCGUGGCUGCUUCCAAGAUGUUCCUGCACGCCUUGUACUCGUCCCUGCUGAAUGGCCUGAAGGCCAGCGCGGCCCUGGGCGAGGCCAUGAAGGUGGUGCAGAGCAGCAAGGCCUUCUCACACCCCUCCAACUGGGCAGGGUUCUUGCUCAUCGGGAGCGAUGUGAAGCUCAACAGUCCCUCCUCGCUCAUCGGCCAGGCCCUCACCGAGAUCCUCCAGCACCCAGAGCGGGCGCGGGAUGCCCUGCGAGUGCUGCUGCACCUGGUGGAGAAGUCCCUGCAGCGCAUUCAGAACGGGCAGCGCAACGCCAUGUACACAUCCCAGCAGAGCGUGGAGAACAAAGUGGGCGGCAUCCCUGGCUGGCAGGCCCUCCUCACCGCUGUGGGCUUCCGGCUGGACCCCCCUGCCAGCGGCCUGCCGGCAGCUGUCUUCUUCCCAACCUCCGACCCAGGCGACCGACUCCAGCAGUGCAGCAGCACCAUCCAGUCCCUGCUGGGUCUGCCCAACCCUGCCCUCCAAGCCCUCUGCAAGCUCAUCACUGCCUCAGAGACGGGCGAGCAGCUCAUCAGCCGGGCUGUUAAAAAUAUGGUUGGAAUGCUCCACCAGGUGCUGGUCCAGCUGCAGGCCGGCGAGAAGGAACAGGACUUCACAUCAGCCCCCAUUCAGGUCUCCAUCAGCGUCCAGCUGUGGCGGCUCCCGGGAUGUCACGAAUUCCUGGCGGCUCUAGGUUUUGAUCUCUGUGAGGUUGGUCAGGAGGAAGUAAUCCUGAAAACCGGGAAACAAGCCAACCGACGGACCAUGCACUUUGCGCUCCAAGCCCUGCUCGCGCUCUUCGAUUCCACUGAGCUGCCCAAGCGCCUCAGCCUUGACAGCUCGUCCUCCCUGGAGUCUCUGGCCUCAGCCCAGUCUGUCUCCAAUGCUCUGCCCUUGGGCUACCAGCACCCUCCUUUCUCUCCCACCGGUGCAGAGAGCAUAGCCUCAGAUGCCAUCUCUGUGUACAGUCUGAGCUCCAUCGCCUCCUCAAUGAGCUUUGUCUCCAAGCCUGAGGGUGGGUCAGAGGGCGGAGGUCCUCGAGGAAGGCAGGACUAUGACCGGUCCAAGAACGCCUUCCCACAGCGAUCCACCCUGCCUCGGAGCCAGCUGUCCCCCCCGACCCGCCCUGCAGACAGCAAAGACGAAGAAGAAUAUGAAGGGUUUUCCAUCAUCAGCACUGAGCCUUUGGCGGCCUACCAAGAAAACAGAAAGACUCGCUUCUCACCAGAUCACAAACAGUCCCGAGUCGGGGCAGCUGGUGGUGUGAAAGUUUCGGUAAGCUCCAAGGGGAGCAUAAGCACUCCAAACUCUCCAGUUAAAAUGACUCUGAUUCCCAGCCCAAACUCACCCUUCCAGAAGGUUGGAAAACUAGCAAGUUCAGAUACGGGAGAAUCAGACCAGUCUAGCACAGAAACAGAUAGUACCGUGAAAUCCCAAGAAGAAAGCAACACAAAGCUUGAUCCACAAGAAUUGGCCCAGAAGAUUCUAGAGGAGACACAAAGCCAUCUCAUUGCGGUGGAACGUCUUCAGAGGGGUGGUGGUCAAGGUAAGGGCACUAAUCCUGAAGAUGGCAUUUCCGUGCCCAACAGCGCUGCUGUCUUCAGAGCGUCAGAAACAAGUGCGUUCAGCAGGCCUGCCCUCUCCCACCAGAAGAGCCAGCCGUCGCCAGUUACUAUCAAACCAAAGCCCCCAGCCAGAAGCUCUUCCCUACCCAAGGUGAGUUCAGGAUACAGCAGCCCCACCACCUCAGAGGCGUCCAUCAAAGACAGCCCGAGCCAGCACAGUGGCCGGCCGUCGCCCGGCUCCGACUCCCAGACUUCCCUGACCGACCAGCCUCUCUUUAAGCUGAAGUAUCCCAGCUCUCCUUACAGUGCUCACAUUUCCAAAUCACCAAGGAACAUGUCCCCGAGCUCAGGCCACCAGUCUCCUGCUGGAAGUGCACCGUCCCCAGCUCUCUCCUAUUCCUCAGCUGGCUCCGCUCGCUCGAGUCCAGCCGAUGCUCCUGACAUAGACAAGCUGAAGAUGGCAGCCAUCGACGAGAAGGUGCAGGCUGUACACAACCUGAAGAUGUUUUGGCAGAGCACACCCCAGCAUUCCACGGGACCAAUGAAAAUAUUCCGGGGGACCCCUGGAACGAUGACUUCCAAGAGAGAUGUCCUCAGUCUAUUAAACUUGUCACCUCGGCACAACAAGAAGGAGGAAGGAGCAGACAAGCUAGAACUUAAGGAGCUGUCUUUGCAGCAAUGUGGAGAAACGCCCCCAAAAGCCCCUCCCAACGGACACUGGCAUACGGAGACCACCUCACUGAGCACACUGCCGCUGCCCACCGGCCCUCCUGCCGCGGUGCCCACGCGCCCUUUGAGACUUCCUUCUGGAAACGGCUACAAGUUUCUGUCCCCAGGAAGAUUUUUUCCUUCCUCUAAAUGCUAAAACAUCUUUUAUACCCACCAACACCGACUUGGAGCACAGCGGCCCACAGCCCAGCUCUCCGCACUCAAUUGGCCUGCUCCCGAGUGCGGCCACCCCAGCAUGGGUGUGCUCUCGCGGCGCGGGCGCCACCACUCCCAGACGCCACACACACACACACACAUACACUGGUAGCCCCUCUGGGACUCUGGGCCAGAUUCACCAAAAGCCAGGACUUCUGUGGAGUUGGUACAGGAGGCUCAUGGAAUUUUCUACACGUCACCAAAUGUUUACCUUGGAACUCCCUGCUUCUCAUCUUUGAUGUGAUUCUUCAACAGGAUUUUUGUACAAAAAUGGUCAUGGUUCUGGGGUGGGGAGAGAAAGGGAGCACAUAUUUUGCUAAGAGGUAUAUAUGCAGUACCUUUUAUACAAAGAAAUACAAACAGAGCUUUUUUAAGGCUUUCAGGUGCUGGUUGGGGGUAGGGUAUAUAAAAUCUCUCUAAGUUGAGUUCUACAUGAAAGUGUUACAGUAGCCAAAAAACAGGAUACUGGUUUUAAAAAUGCCAAUGAUUUGUAAUUAAAUUGUAGCAGUUUUGGUCUCAUGAUAUUGUAACAUCAGAGUAACAAGGCAAUAAUUCACUUCCUGAACUCUGCUCUUUGAGGGCUACAAAUGUCCCUGGGGCCCCACUGUCAACCAAACUUGAAUUUUCUUAAAAAAAUUUAUGUAACUCUUAUCCAGGCAUUUUAGAACUAUGCAAUUGUGAUUUAAAAAUGCAACUUUGUGCUUUUAAAACAUUACUGACCUUUUUUGUAUGUGGAUAAACAACUUGGUUUUAUUAUCAAUAGUACUUUGCAUUUAUAGCUAUUAUUUUUAAAAGCUCAAAAAGUUUUUUAAAAUAUCAAAAUUUGAAUAGUCAUCAAUAAGUAAUUAUCAAGUUUGGAGGGGGGAGUUUGAAAUUAUUGUUUCCUUAUAAGCAAAAAAAAAAAAAAAAAACAAAACCAAAAAACAAACAAAAAAACAAAAGAAAAAUUCCAUGGCUAACUAGAUUUAACCAGAAUCUAGCCUUCCAGCUCUUAUUCCCUUUAUUACCUGCUUAAUUUUAUUAUCUUUUCCCAACGCCAGGCUUCUAAAACCCCUUCUGUCUAAAUCUGUCACCAGGUUCCCACAAUCCCAGCACCUCACAUCUGUGAGCUGCAUCUGGACCCUCAUCUUAGUGUGACCAGCGCCCCUUGCUCCUGUGGUCCAAAGGACAAAUCCCCUCCCCCCCAGAGAAGACUUUAAUGUCCACAGCCUCAGAAGCAGGGGGCCUUCUGCUGGGGUAUACAUCUGAAUUAUUGCUGAACAGGGAAAGAGAUAUUCCUAAAAGUGUUGUCAUAGAAAAAAAAAAAAAAGAGGGACUUUUCCUAUAGCUAUGACAGUUCACUGAUACUGUUGCCAGCUGGGACAAGACAAAAGAACAGUCUAGGUAGGGGUAACCAUUAACAUAUUUAAAUAAAGAAAAGAAGUGUUGAAAAUCAUGUUAGUACUGUUUAGUUGGAGAAUUGACAUAAGCCUGUUUUAGGUAAUUCUAAAAUUGAAAUCCUACCAUCCUCACUGUGAGGGUCCAUCAUACAACGGUGGGCAGCCUCUUGUCCCAGGACACAAGCCACACAGGGAGUGGACAGGAGGGGCCUGGCAGGAGGGACACUAACAUCAAGACCUCCAGGGAGAGUUUUUAACCCUGGAUAGGAUCUCACUUUAUAAACAUACACUGACCACUUGCCCUGUUCCUCACUGUACUCUGAAAAGAGGAAGAGAUAUUUAUUCAAUUUGUCUUACUCUCCUGAGCUAUGUCAUAGAAGCUUUUUGUGUUUAACCCAACAGCCAUGUUGACAAAAGCAAAAGAAAGAAUGUCCCAUUCUAACCCUGAUCCCAACACUGGAAGAGAAAUACUUUAUAAAGAAGCAAGCAACUAUAAGGUUGUCUUUAUAUCUUUUAUAAAUGGUAGUAACAGUACCAGUGUAGCAAAUGAAAGCCAAGUUUAUAGCACUGUGCAUUUAGAUAGCAAAAUCAGGUCCUCAACAACAAGAAAUAAACCUCAAAGUAAAUUUCUGAAUCCACAUAUAGAUAGUUGGGCUGUACCUUUCUCAGCAACUCUCAGCCUCUUUCCCAAGUGCCAAGUAGCCCUGGAGGAAAGGCCGGGUCUCUGCUCCAUCCCUGAGGACAAGGGCACAACCCCGCAGGCCUCCCUCUAGCGCACACCCUCCACCACCCAGACCGCUUCCCCGUGGUUACCAAGCCAGCGAGGAGGACUCGUGUACCCUAACCUGGUUUUAGUCCUAAAUACAUUUGUUGUUGUAGGUUUCAUGUUGAAAAGCCAAAUGGAAUAUACGAUUUUUUUUUGGUCCUAGAUAUAAGUUUCAAUGAAGAAAAGCAAAGAUGAUGAAAUAAUAGGACCAAUCUAAAAAUCACUGUAGGGUCGCCACUUCUUUAUGUUUACUGUCAGUCUUGGUGUUUUCUAUACAAGUGAAAUGGAUGUAAAAUCAAGGUGAAUUUUUCAGUCUACCUUGAAAACAGUAUGCACUUAAAAAUUAUGUGAGAUUGUAUAAUUUGCAAAUUCUUUGUACAGAUCAGGGGUUGGCAAAUGAUGACCCACAGGCUAAAUCUAAAUCUGGUCAGAGGCCUGGAUUUUUACAGCCAUGAGCUAGGAAUGGAUUUUACAUUUUAAAAUAUUUAUAUAAAUAAGUACCUACAUAAUAUUUUUGAUUUUACCUCCUCUUGGUCCACAAGAACUAAAAUACCUAGUCUUUUAAGAAAAAGUUUGCUGGCUCCUGGUAUAUAGAUGACAGAAAACAAUUAGCAUAAUGUUUUGUUUCUACAAUCUAGGGAAAGUGAGUGUCAGGCUGUGGAUAAAACUGAUAGGAACGCGUGGGAACCUGAGCCAUGUGGAUGGACGCGAAUGACCCCUGCAUAGUCCUCGGCUCUUUGCCCCACUUGGAAGGAGUCGAUGGGUGUGGGUGAAAUUUACAAAAAUAUUUUUCCUCACUGUAUGCAGACAGCAUUGGAUAUUAUUUCUUUUUCAGCUCAGGAAACUGGAACCCCUGCCCCUACUCUACUCUAUCAGAUGCAAAUACACCAAAUACAAGCAAUAACAUCUCCCUCUCCUAGAAACCUUGGUAUGACCACAAAGCAAGGUAGUCGAAUCUGUCUUCUCACCAGUGAACCACGCAACUACUUCAGUGAUCUUUAACUAAGUCAAUAAACCAAGACAAAAUUAGUUACUCAAGCUUACAUUUUGAUGCGUUUUGGUAUUGGUGUAUAGUAAAAUGAAGAAGUUCUCACCU